AUGGCUGUGGAUAAUGGACAUGGAACGAGUAAUGAUUCUUACAAAAAGCUACCGUCAUACCUCAAUAACCUUGUGUUAGCAAACCCGGGAUCUUUGGCAAAUUUGCACACCGAACAAAUAGAUGGGGGCGGACACAGAUUCAAAUAUAUGUUCCUUGCAUUGGGAGCGUGUGUUGAAGGAUACCAAUCCAUGAGGAAGGUGGUUGUGGUUGAUGGAACACACCUAAAAGGAAGGUAUGCCGGUUGUCUACUCACCGCAUCAGCGGAAGAUGGUAACCACCAAAUAUUCCCCUUGGCGUGCGCCGUUGUGGAUAGCGAGAAUGACAAGUCGUGGGAGUGGUUUUUCCAAAACUUAUCCUCAUUUUUUUCCAACGACAGUGGAUUGGUCCUGGUAUCGGACAUACAUCCAUCAAUCUACAAAGCUAUCAGCCAGGUGUAUCCGAGUGCAGGGCACUGCAUCUGUGUUGUCCAUCUGAAGAGAAACAUCAGGACCAAUUUUAGAGAAAGACAUUUGGGACAUCUGGUUGCAAAGGCUGCAAGGGCGUAUAAGUUGCACGAUUUCUAUGUAACAUUCAACGAGAUAAAGGCAAUGGAUCCUGCUUGUGCAUCAUACCUGAUCGAGAUAGGUUUUGAACAUUGGGCACGAUCCCAUUUUUCUGGAAACAGGUACAAUGUUAUGACAAGCAACCUGGCUGAGUCUUGGAACUCGGUCCUGUGCAAAGCGAGGGAGUUUCCAAUCGUCCAGUUGCUUGAUUUCAUCUGUGAGAAGAUUAUGACUUGGUUUGCUAAGAGGCGUGAGGUGGCAACCAAGUGUUCCGGAGAGCUGACACCACGCAUUGAACAACAACUAAGAAACAACUUUGAGAAGACUGGGGGGUACCAUGUUCUCGACAUAGCUGAGAUGGAGUACGCAAUCCGCAACAAGUCUGGCGUAAGCUUUCAUGUGAACCUAAGCACAAGGACUUGCAGCUGUUAUGAGUUUCAGAUGCUCGGAAUUCCAUGCUCUCACGCAAUUGCUGCGGCUCUGAAAGCAAACAUAAGUGUGAACGACCUGGCUCAAAUGGGGGGGGGUCCAAUGCCCGCGGUUAUUAACGACCUCCAGUUGCGUCCACCUGCAACUCGACGCCCGCCCGGGAGGCCAAAGAAGCAGAGGUACUUCUCCAGAGGAGAGAAAAGGGUUAAAUGCGUACGCCGCAGGAUCUCAUGCAGCAGGUGCAAGGGCGUAGGACACAACAAGGCCACUUGCAAGAACCCGAUAUAA